AUGGUUACAGUGAUCUCCUACAUUCUGCAUUUCCUGUCUAUGUCUGACAGGAAGGAAGCAUCUUUGGUGAGCAAAGCUUGGUACACCGCUUCUCUGGAUCAAAGUCUCCAGAGAAAUGUUUUCUAUCAUCUCCAAGGGACAUCUGAAUCUCUGGAGUUGAUCAGAUGUUUGCGGCGGAGACAGAGUCUCUGUGUGGCGCUGAGCAACUUCGAUGGCUCACCUACCUCGACAAUGGUUAUUCAGAACAUAGCUCUGCACCUGGCCCCCUGUCUGAAGAGCCUCUUGUUGCGAGACAGCAACAUCACUGAGAGCUCCUUCGUGGAUCUCGUCCCCUUAUGCCGCAGCCUGUGGGGGCUGGAUCUCAGCUGCUGCAACGGCCUUUUCAAGCCUGGCACCUUGAUGGCGAACGCAGAGAUCAAAGCCAGAACGACGGAAGCCCUGAUGGAUCUCCAGGAGCUGAAUCUCUCCAACCUGCGGUAUCUCUCCGACCUGACCUUCAAUCGGCUUACUGACUGCAAGCCCAAGCUCAGAAAGCUGGCCCUUGCUGGCUGCCCCAUCGUCUUCGAGUUAGAUCCUUACCGAGGAGUGAAAGCAUGCAAUUCCACCUGCACACUGUCGCUGAGCAACAUCCUCUGCUUUAUAGACAGGCAGGCGGCCACGCUGAAGUGGCUAGAUUUCAGCCACACCAGUAUCACGAGCGAAGCUGUACAGUUGGUGGUGCAGGUGCCCAGGCUUCAGCUGGAGGGAUUGGCACUUCGACACUGCAAGGAUUUGACAGAUGGUGCAGUCUGUGCCAUCUGCUCUUACCAGCCCCGGCUCACCAGUCUGGACCUCACCGGUUGCGGUGAGCUGACUGACAAGUCUGUUUUGGCCGUGGCCAACCUACAGUUCCUGGAGCGCCUCUGCCUGGGCAAGGUCCGCCUCGUGACUGACCGCGGGCUGAAGAACCUGUCUGCCAUCCCCACCCUGCAAGCCCUUGACCUGUCUGAGUGUUACCAGGUCAGUGGUCUUGAACUGGUCAACGGACUUGCCUUGCCGUACACCACACCGACUUUACUCAGUCUCAACUUCAGCUGCUGCACCAUGGUGAAAGACAGCUGCGUUUUCUCAAUAGGGGUGAUCCUACGGGACAGCCUGCGGGAAUUGGACCUCACCUCCUGUGUGUACAUCACCGAUUUCAGCAUCUCCGUUAUCGUCAACUACCUGACCGGCCUGACAGUGCUACGGCUCAGCUGGUGUAAGGAGAUCACAGACCGGGGGCUUCUAGGAAUGAGCGUGGCCAAUGACAACUGUCAACUCGAUGAGAAGGAUGAGAAGGCCGAGAUCAUAACUGAGUCUGACCUGAAGCCUUCCAAAGAGAGAGACGGAGCUUCACUGAGAGCACUGAUAUAUCUUAAGGAGCUCUGUUUGACUGCGUGUAUGAAACUAACAGACAGCAGCAUAACCAAGGAAAUCCGCUUUCAGGAGUUAAAGACCUUGUCACUGAACAUGGUCCGCGAGAUAACGGACGAGAGCGUGGUCUCCAUUGCAGAGCAUUGCCGGAGCCUGGAAGGGCUGUCCCUCAGCCACUGUGGCCAACUGACUGACCACGGGCUGAUUACUGCUGCAACCCACAUGAAGAGGCUGACUAACCUUGAAAUCUCCUGCUGCGAUAAGAUCACCAGCCAGGCACUAGAGGUCCUCAUGCAGGAAUGUCAGUGGCUGAGGAGUCUGGAUGUUUCCAUGUGUAGUGGGCUGACGAUCAGAGACAUCGAGCGGCUUCAGCUAGCUCACCCCAGACUCACCUGCGUCAAGGCCAAAUACCUGGAGGAGCAGACCAGUUCGUCCCUCUUGGAAUGA